UACCUCUCUCUCUCCUCGGGGCUCGCUAAUUUACGCGAGACGCACAAGCAAAGAAGAACAAAGAUCAGAGAUUCAGAGAUAAAAUUACGCGAGACGCACAAGCAAAGAAUAGAGACCAGAGAUAAAAGAAAAAGGGCAAAGGCAUUAUCUUUGCCGAAUUCCGACCGAAACUCCUCGAAUCCUUUAUAUACUCUUUGUCGUUAUUCCUCUUCCCGUUGUCGAUUUCUUACCAUUUGGGAUCUCCGUCCAAAUGGCGACGGCGACGGCGGCUGCUGCGGCGGCGUUUGGUGGGGUGGCCGGCGUAGGCUUAGGGACUCGGAAUGCUCCGAUGUUUUCUCACCUUCAACCCUCCGUUGCAUUCCCGGCGAAGCCCUGUUCUUUCAAGGCCCUUAGAUUGAAGCGGGGAGUGGGUUUCUCGCGCCGUCUCGAGCAGCGGCGACCUGUUGUCCGAUGCGAAGCUGGUACUGGAAGGCUCACGCAGCAAGAGUUCACGGAAAUGGCGUGGCAAGCGAUAGUAUCAUCUCCAGAUGUGGCGAAGGAUAACAAGCAGCAAAUCGUAGAAACUGAGCAUCUGAUGCGAGCCCUUUUGGAGCAGAAGAACGGUUUGGCGCGUAGGAUAUUUUCCAAGGCUGGUGUGGAUAACACGAAGCUUCUAGAAGCAACAGAUAAGUUCAUAGAACGUCAGCCGAAGGUCUAUGGCGAGGCUGCUGGUUCGAUGUUGGGGCGUGACUUGGAAGCUCUGUUCCAGAGAGCAAGGCAGUUUAAAAAAGAUUACGGAGACUCUUACGUCUCUGUGGAACAUCUGGUUCUUGGUUAUGCUGACGAUAAACGGUUUGGGAAGCAGUUGUACAGGGACUUUCAAGUGACGGAGAGGAGCUUGAAAUCUGCAAUAGAAUCAAUCAGAGGAAAACAGUCCGUCAUUGACCAAGAUCCGGAAGGAAAGUACGAGGCAUUGGAGAAGUAUGGGAAGGAUCUGACAGCAAUGGCGAGAGAAGGAAAGCUUGAUCCUGUGAUCGGGAGAGAUGAUGAGAUCCGUAGAUGCAUACAGAUUCUGUCGAGGAGGACCAAAAACAACCCUGUCUUGAUCGGUGAGCCAGGAGUCGGUAAAACCGCUAUCUCAGAAGGGCUUGCCCAGAGGAUAGUACAAGGAGAUGUGCCUCAAGCCUUGAUGAACAGGAAGCUAAUAUCACUCGAUAUGGGCGCAUUAAUAGCCGGAGCGAAAUAUCGCGGGGAAUUUGAAGAUAGGCUAAAGGCUGUACUUAAAGAGGUCACCGAUUCAGAAGGCCAAACCAUUUUGUUCAUCGAUGAGAUCCACACUGUUGUCGGGGCAGGUGCAACUAAUGGAGCAAUGGAUGCCGGUAAUCUGCUGAAGCCAAUGCUGGGUAGAGGAGAGCUACGAUGCAUCGGGGCUACAACACUCGAUGAAUAUCGGAAGUACAUCGAGAAAGACCCGGCCCUUGAACGUAGGUUUCAGCAGGUUUAUGUGGAUCAACCCACAGUAGAGGACACUGUCUCUAUCCUCCGUGGUUUGCGUGAACGGUAUGAACUUCAUCACGGAGUUCGCAUUUCAGACAGUGCCCUUGUCGAAGCUGCCAUUCUGUCUGACCGUUACAUCAGUGGCCGUUUUCUACCCGAUAAAGCCAUCGAUCUAGUGGAUGAAGCAGCGGCCAAGCUGAAGAUGGAAAUCACUUCGAAACCGACAACCCUCGAUGAGAUUGACCGCGCGGUGCUGAAGCUUGAGAUGGAGAGGUUAUCGCUCACGAACGAUACAGAUAAAGCCUCUAAAGAGAGAUUGGAUCGGCUUGAGACCGAGUUGUCGCUUCUGAAGGAGAAGCAGGCCGAGUUAACCGAACAGUGGGAGCACGAGAGAUCUGUCAUGUCCCGUAUUCAGUCCAUCAAAGAGGAGAUCGAUCGGGUGAACCUCGAGAUCCAGCAGGCUGAGCGGGAAUAUGAUCUAAACCGUGCAGCUGAGUUGAAGUACGGAAGCCUAAACUCGUUGCAGCGUCAACUCAACGAAGCCGAGAAGGAGCUGAAUGAAUAUCUGAGCUCGGGUAAGUCAAUGUUCAGAGAAGAAGUUACGGGAAGCGACAUAGCCGAGAUUGUGAGUAAAUGGACCGGAAUCCCUGUCUCCAAGCUUCAACAAUCGGAAAGGGAUAAACUUUUACAUCUGGAAGAAGAACUGCAUAAACGGGUCGUUGGACAAGACCCUGCGGUCAGGGCGGUGGCUGAGGCGAUUCAGCGGUCAAGAGCCGGAUUUAUCUCCGACAAUGGUUGGUUCUGAAAACUAGCUGACCCCGAUGAACCUUCUAAGUGCAUGAGGAAGGGAGGGAACUGCAAUCUAGGGAAAACCGAGCUGGCAAAGGCACUCGCUUCCUACUUGUUCAACACCGAAGAAGCUCUGGUUAGAAUCGACAUGAGCGAGUACAUGGAGAAACAUGCUGUCUCCAGACUCAUUGGAGCUCCACCUGGUUAUGUCGGGUACGAGGAAGGAGGGCAGUUGACUGAAACCGUUCGUCGAAGGCCUUACUCCGUGAUCCUAUUUGACGAGAUCGAGAAAGCUCAUUCCGAUGUCUUCAACGUGUUUCUCCAAAUCCUGGAUGAUGGGCGAGUCACCGAUUCUCAAGGCCGUACAGUGAGUUUCACCAACACCGUCAUCAUUAUGACCUCGAACGUGGGUUCUCAGUUCAUCCUGAGCUCGGACGAUGACGACUCCCGGCCGAAGGAGCUGGCUUACGAGACGAUCAAACAGAGGGUGAUGGAAGCUGCGAGAUCGAUCUUCCGUCCUGAAUUUAUGAACCGUGUCGAUGAAUACAUCGUUUUCCAGCCUCUGGACAGGGACCAGAUCGACAGCAUCGUGCGGCUGCAGCUGGAACGAGUGCAGAAACGGAUCGCGGAUAGGAAAAUGAAGAUCAAGAUGACAGAAGCGGCGGUGGGGCUCCUGGGGACAUUAGGGUAUGAUCCAAGCUACGGAGCCAGACCGGUGAAGCGUGUGAUACAGCAGAACGUGGAGAACGAGCUCGCGAAAGGCAUCUUGAGGGGAGAAUUCAAGGAGGAAGACACUGUCUUGAUCGAUACAGAGGUCACGGCCUUUGCGAACGGGCAGCUUCCCCAGCAGAAGCUCAUCUUCAAAAGGCUCGGCUCUGAAACCAAGGAUGAUCAAGAGCAGGAGAAACUCUCUCAGAGCAUCUGAAACUGAUGGAAGCUGUCCUUUAAGUUGUCAAUAUAUACAUUUUGUAUUUGGGAAUCGUAAAAUACGCAGAAAGGUUUCAUUUUUGAGUGAGCCCAUGUUCUCAAAAUAAAGACACUGCAAGUGUGGAUUUCCCAUUU